AUGGCUUUGAUUUUAUCCUUCUUCAACUGCUUUGGCACAUCUUCAAACUCAUCAUUUCAAGUUUCUGAUUAUGCAGAAAAACCAUCUCAAUCUAAAAGUUCAUUUUCAGAGAAAUCAGAGAAGAAGAAAAAGUUAAUUAAGGGAGCUCCAAUUGUAGUUUAUCAUUUCCCUGUUAACUCAUAUCUCUCACGUUUGUAA